AUGAUUUUUACCAAAGUUGGUUAUGUUUUCUGUUCAUUUUUGUACUUCUUGUCAAUAGUAUUUGCCCAUGGAGAUGGAGGUGGUAAACCUGAGCCAUAUGAAGAUUUAUCAAAUGUGAAAUAUUUUUAUGCAUGUUUAGCACAAGUUAUGGUUGAAGGUAAAUUUUGUUCAUCUAAAGAUAAAGUAUGUUUAUGUACCAAUGAAAAUAAUAUUGCAAGUAUAGCUGGGUGUUUUUAUGAAAUUGGUAAAACUAAGGAAAAAUAUACACAUGGAGUCUUUGAACAAUGUCUGCUUGUUAAAACUUCACCAGUUACAAAAGAUUGGUUUUCCAAAUAUGUCCAAAUUUACAAAGAGAAAGCUAGAGUACCUGUAGCCCCAUCAGCUAAUAGUAGUUCAAGUAUGCAACAACAUUCAAAACGUGAUGGUGCUGCUGCCUCAUCUGGUCAAACAUAUGUUGCGCCAUAUAAUUACCCAAUUAUAUUGAAUAAAAUUAAUCUAGCAUUGUAUCAAGAAUCAUACGCAAGAUUUUAUGACAAUUAUAGUAAUUCUUUAUAUUAUGGUGCUGGUAUGUAUGGAUAUUGGUUGUUAAUUUUAUUACUUGGUGCUAUUGCAAACUGGUUCAAAAUCUUAUUCCCAAGCUUAAAUAAAAAGAUGACUGGACCAUUAAUUAAUUGCUGGAGAAUACAUAUUUCGGUGCCAGCUACAUUUGGAAAGAAAAGAGCACAAGAACAAAAUUUUUUAAAAUUUUUUGGGUUUUUGAUUCCUUCCAGAUUUGAAUCAAUAGUAAUAUUUUUAUUUUAUGUUAUAACAAUCAUACUUCAUGCUGUAAACUCAACCGCUAUAGAGCAUGAGAUUUUGUUGCUGAAAAAGUACAUAGCUACAUUGAGAUAUGUUGCAGACAGAACUGGAAUUACUGCUACUAUGAUGAUGCCAUUAAUAUUUUUAUUUGCUAGUAGAAAUAAUUUCUUACAAUGGUUAGUUGGUUGGAAUUACAGUACAUUUGUAGCUUAUCAUAGACAUACUGCAAGAAUCAUGUUUGCUUUAGUUGUUAUUCAUGCAGUCAUUUAUACUAUAUUGUUCGUCAUAAGAGAACGAUAUGCAUCUUCAUUAACUGAACCAUAUUUUUAUUGGGGAAUAAUUGCAACUGUAUGUGGCGGUGUUAUAAUGAUUCAAGGAAUGUUAUAUUUAAGAAGAAAAUGGUAUGAAUUAUUCUUACUAUUUCACAUUUUAUUAGCAGUAUUUUGGGUGAUUGGAACUUGGUAUCAUGUUGUUAAUUUUGGUUUCAUAUGGAUGGUUUAUCCAGCUAUUGCAGUUUGGUUUUUUGAUAGAUUAGUAAGAAUCGGUCGUUUGUUUGCGUUUGGUUUUCCAUAUGCUGAUGUAACUUUAUUAUCAGAUGAAACUUUAAAAGUUGUUGUACCAAAACCAAGUUAUUGGCAUUCAAUUCCAGGUGGUCAUGCAUUUAUUCAUUUUUUGAAACCAACUUACUUUUAUCAAUCACAUCCUUUUACAUUUACUGAUUCAGUUGAACAAGGUAGUUCUAUUAUCUUAUACGCCAAAGUUAAAGGAGGUAUUACUCAUAGUUUGUACCAAACAUUAUCUAAACAACCAGGUAGAACUUGUAAAAUAAGAGUUGGUGUUGAAGGACCAUACGGUGAAGCAACAGCUGCAAAAUAUGCAGACACAGCUGUCUUCAUUGCUGGUGGUAAUGGUAUUCCUGGUAUAUUUUCAGAAGCAGUUGAUAUUGCCGUAAAUAGUAAAGAUGGUAAAAAUGUUGUUAAACUUAUUUGGGUUGUCAGAGAAUGGAGAUCAUUAUAUUGGUUCUAUGAAGAGUUAUUGAGCUUAAAGCAAACCAAAAUUGAGACAACAGUAUACUUAACACAACCAGAUAAUCAUGUUUUCAUUGAAGAAUUUAAUAGUAGAUUUACAAAUUCAGAAAAGCCAUCUUUUGUUAAAUCUGAUUCAUCAGAUGGAUUAUCACUUGAGAAAGAUGAUUCAGUGAAAGAAAUGACCAAAAGCGAAGUUGAAAUUAGUUCAUGUGAGGGAAAAUCAAGCUCAAUCAAUUAUGCAAAUGAUGCUGCAAGAAUAGUUGAAGCAAUAAGAAAAGAAUUAUCUCAUGUUACAUUCAAUGAAGGAAGACCAAAUAUAGAAAGCAUUAUUGCAGCUGAAGUUAAAGAAUCAAAUGGAUCAGUCGCGUUUGUCACUUGUGGACAUCCAGUUAUGGUUGAUGAAGUUCGUUAUUGUUGCACUAAAAACAUCUCCAACAAGGAAAAGAAAAGGGUUGAUUUUUAUGAACAAAUUCAAGUUUGGGCCUAA